CUAAGCUAAAGUCACACCAGAAGGUGGCCAAAACGGCAACUCGGGAAACUGGAUACUCCUUGGCUUCAGUAACACUCCAAGAAAUCUCCAGGAUGUAGCUAGGCAGGAGCUGUGAAGAAUCAGACAGUGCAUCUACCGCGUUCACUGCCCGAAGCUGCAUUUCCCAGAAGGGUCUGCCGUUUGUAUUAUCUUCCCUUUCAAAACAGGCUCCUCUUUUGAGCCUGUUCAACUACCGUGGAUAGCACCGAGAUUCACUUAACCUAGUCUCUUUCAAACGCACCCGAGCGGCCUUUUUCAGAAGCUCGGCCUGAUGCUGAGUGGGGCUAUAUGAGGUCUCCGGUGCGCUGUUUGAUGAGAGGACGCAAUUGUUUCCGAUGGGCCCCAGUUAAGCUCUGACGGGAAUCCUGACGAUAGAGAGCCAUCUUGCCCGCCUCAAGAAAGUCCUGACUGCAUUUCCCAGAGGACUUCGCCGCAUAACGUGAUCUCGCGUGAAUUCAGCCCAAAGCCACGCUCUAACGGGAGCCACAGGUCUUCACCUACAACUAUUAUAGUGCUGUUGAGGAGGCUUCUGCCGCUUUGGAAGCUCCCGAGGCCUGAACUCUGUCUUUUUCCAAAAGAGGAGCCCAAAGGAGGACUGGUCUUUUUCUACAAAUAUCAAAGCCAUGGCUCAGGAGUCAGUGAUGUUCAGUGAUGUGUCCAUAGACUUCUCUCAGGAGGAGUGGGAAUGCCUGAAUGAUGAUCAGAGAGAUUUAUACAGAGAUGUGAUGUUGGAGAAUUACAACAACCUGGUUUCAAUGGCAGGACAUUCUAUUUCUAAACCAGAUGUGAUCUCCUUCUUGGAGCAGGGGAAGGAGCCCUGGUUGGUUAACAGAGAAGUAACAGGAGGCCAGUGUCCAGUCCUGGGAUCAAGAUGUGAAGCCAAGAAAUUAUUUCUGAAGAAGGAAAUUUAUGAAAUAGAGUCAGCCCAGUGGGAGAUAAUGGGAAGACUUACAAGACAUGACCUUCAGUGCUCUAGUUUCAGAGAUGAUUGGGAAUGUAAUGACCAAUUUGAGAGACAACAUGACUCUCAGGAGGGACAUUGCAGUCAACCAAUAUACACCCAUGAAGGCAUGCCCAGUUUUAAUCAUCAUCCAUCCUUUACAUUACAGCAAAUCAUUCAUAAUAAAGAGAAAUACUGUGCAUCUAGGGAAUAUAGGAAAACCUUUACACAUGACUCACAGCUUAUUACACAUCAGAUAAUUCAUACUAUUGAAAAACCCUAUGAAUGUAAGGAAUGUGGAAAGGCAUUUAGACAUCCCUCAAGACUCAGUCAUCAUCAGAAAAUUCAUAUUGGCAAGAAACCCUUUGAAUGUAAGGAAUGUGGAAAAACCUUUAUUUGUGGCUCAGACCUUACUCGACAUCAGAGAAUUCACACUGGUGAGAAGCCUUAUGAAUGUAAGGAAUGUGGGAAGGCCUUUAGUAGUGGUUCAAACUUCACUAGACAUCAGAGAAUUCACACUGGUGAGAAGCCCUAUGAAUGUAAAGAAUGUGGGAAAGCCUUUAGUAGUGGCUCGAACUUUACUCAACAUCAGAGAAUUCACACGGGGGAGAAACCCUAUGAAUGUAAGGAAUGUGGCAAUGCCUUUAGUCAGAGCUCACAACUUAUUAAACAUCAGAGAAUUCAUACAGGUGAGAGACCCUAUGAGUGUAAGGAAUGUGAAAAGGCUUUUCGUUCUGGUUCAGACCUUACUCGACAUCAGAGGAUUCAUACUGGUGAGAAACCCUAUGAAUGUAAGAUAUGUGGGAAAGCCUAUUCUCAGAGUUCACAACUUAUUAGUCAUCACAGAAUUCAUACUGGUGAGAAACCCUGUGAAUAUAGGGAAUGUGGGAAAACCUUUAACUAUGCCUCACAAGUUAUUCAGCAUCAAAAUUUGUACUGGUGAUAAACCAUAGAAUAUAUGAAAUAUGUGGGAAGGCUUUUAAUUACACCUCAAAACUAUUCAACCUCAGAAAAUUAUCUUAAUCAUAAUUAUUCUGAAUAAUGUAGAAACAUGUUAUUUGUUGACUAUAGCUUAUUCAGUCCAAGAAAAAUGUAGGAAUAACACCCCAGUAGUAAAAUCCAUUUUGGAAGCUCUUUAAUAGAAUUUGUAUUUCUUUUGACACCAGGUAACUGGACCUAGCAAAUACUGAAAAUUACACAACUUUUGGCACCUUUAUAACCUUAAAAAUUAGAUAAUGUAUACUAAAUUGUAAUCCUGUGAUUUUUAUUUUCUUUUUCCCCCUAAUUUGUCAAUACUUAAUGCAUUCUUAAUCAUUUAAUUCAUCAUAAAUUUAUAUGACUCUUAAGUCCAUCUGUUUAUAUCAUGGAUUGUAAAAUACCUUUAUUUUAAAAAUACCUUUAAUAACAGAAAUGUGACAUCUUUAUUUUUUAAGACAACCUACUUUUUGCUCUUUAGAAAAUUUAGGCUUUCUUAUUCUAAAAACAGUCAUGAAAAACUUUGCACUCAGUAAACAGAGAUCCUUUAAUGGCUUCAUGGUGUGUCCUUGUGUUGCCAUAAUACCAUUUUAUCAAAUUCCUAUUGAUAGACAUUGAAGUUUCCUCCAGAGUUUUUGCCAUUACACACAGUACCCUGAUGGACAUUAUUCUUUGGCAUAUCUUUAUAUCAUGUCUCUUAUUUUAAUUACAGAAAUGAUUCAUGAAUAUAGUUUCCUUAUAAAAGAUUUAAACAUUAUAAAUAAGACAAACAUACCCUUUGAACAUUAUCCUUGUACCCAUUUUCCUUCCUGAAGGAUAGUUGUUAUCUGUUUAGUUAUCUAUUUAACAUUCCCUAGAAUUUUUCUGUUUUUAUACAUGUGUAUCUUAGUAGAAAUCCUAAAAUGGAGAUAAGUGUAAUACCUACCUCAUAAUUUUGUGUGAGAAUCAAAUAUGACAAAAUAUUUAGAAUUAUGCAUGUCAUAAUAAAUAUCAAAUGUUAGUCAUUGUUACAUUCACUGUUGUCAUUAGUAUUAUUUGUUGAAAGACCUGUUUCUUCAGGCCUUAACAUCAGGCAAGAUAUGCAAUUGAAGAAUGAUCCAUUGAGGGUAAUGAAUUAAGAAAAUUUUCUUGUCAAUUAUUUCUCAUAGAACAUGAAAUAAUCUUGGGAUUUGUUGGGGAAGGUAAUGUGUGUAAUGUGUGAGAAGGACCUUAUUCAAACUGACAUCUUUUUAACUACUUAUAAUGCCUAAUAUAAAAACAAAUAAGAAUAUAGACAAAACAUUGGUGACACUUCUGAAGAAAAAAUGUGAAAAGCCAAACAGCAAUGGUUUUGAAAAAUGGAUAAACAUGAGUAUGGAUAGAAACACAUUAUAGUUACUGAUUUAAAAUGCUGUACCUAAUACUAUUGUUUCUGAUGUAUUUGAAAACCUAAACUAUUAUUUUUUUAGGAAAAUAAAAAUGACUCAAAGGAAAGCAGAACUCUUGAAAGGCACUUACAAACAGGAAAAGGGAGAUUUAUAUGUGAAUACAGUAGCUAUUGACAAAACUCCAAACCUAAUUUUUUUUUUUUCAGGCAAAAUGUUACCAAGUGUUCAAGGAAUUUUUAUAGAUUAGAUAUAUCAUAAUAAACCAACAAUCUUGAUACAAGUGCAUCAGGAGAACAAAAAAGAGGAAACUAUCUUUGACUAUCAUCCGUAAAGAAGUUGUAAGCAUACUAAAGAAAUUAGUGAAGUAUAGGUAUCAAAAGAAUAGCAAAAGAAACCAAAUGGGAGAGUAGUUAAAAGGAUUCCCAAUGGCCAGUUCCAGCUAAUUGAUACUGGAAAAUAGGGCACCAUUUGCCAGCUCUUCUGACUUCCAGAGAAUGCAGAAAUCUACAUUUUUUAAAGUUUGUGAUGGCUCUUGAUUUCUAAAUGGCUGCUCAGAUCUAAAAGUAAACCAUGAAGACAAAGAUGUAUCGACUAUAAGUAGCAAGCAGCCCAUGGAUAACUUUUCUUCUGGACACUAGAGCUGUGACUGCAAAAGGCUUGUAGGAGGAAUUUUUAAUAGUAUAAAUCCCUUGGCACCAAGGAAAUUUAGGGGAGAGUACCAAUACAAGGUAAUUACCCAGAAUUUCUUGGAUGUGAGCAGUUUUAGGUUAAAAAUAAAGUAGCUAACUUCCAAGUAUAUGUUUUUUUCUACAUUAAAAAUUUAUCCUAAACAUCACACCAGUUAAAUAGGAUAGAGAGUCUUGCACCACUUAGCAGCAGGGGAGUGUUCUCAGAAAUGUGUUUUUAGAUAGUUUUAUUGAUGCCCAAACAUCAGAGUCUACUUACACAAACCUAAAUGGCACUGUCUACCACAUAUCUAGGUUCUACUAUAUGCCACUGUGGUAUAUGCAGUCAGUUGUUGACCUGAACAUCAUUACGUGGAGCGUGACUGUAUUUUGUGUCCCUCUGUUGAGCUAUAUAUGUUUACACACACAACUG